AUGUCGACAAACAGCAACUGGCCAGACAAUUCGUCGCCUCUUACGAUGAAAUCAUCAAAGACGACUCGCGUUGACGAGCAAUGUGCCCGCCGCGGCUCACAAAAAUUCACUGCUGCUUGUCCAUCGUGGGGACAACCCAAACUUGCACAGCGAAUUUCUCGACAGAAACCCGUCAAAUUGAAAAAGCACUGCAUAUCGCUCAUCCAUAUCGUGAAUCAUACGACGGAAGGUGGGUCACCACCAAAACUAUUCGUAUUCACGAACGGUGUCGCUGUACCAGUAGCUGUGGAAGAACGACAGGUGCACGGAAUAUGGGACGACGUAAACCUAGCGGGCAAUGUGACCACGGUUAUCGUUACCAAUCUCAGCUUCAACGAGAUGAAUUCCGAUCAGCUUAUCAUCAUGCAAAGAUUGAUAAAGACUACCGCUCCACUAGUCGUCGUUGAAUUCGGUCAGUUCUUUUUCCCACUUCUAUUAGUUGUAAACGGAUCCAUUUUCGAUGAUGACAAAAAAGUUACUGCACAAUACUCCUCCAACGCAACUGACCCGCCGAAGCCGCUGUCUUUGCUCGAACUUAGAAAAGACUCCGAAGCAAACAACCUGAGACCUCAAACUAUCCUGAAGAAAGGCUUUUUAGGGAACCGGAGCAACGAAACACGAGAUCUGCUUGACGAGGCCGCCAUAUGCCUGCUAAGUGGUCGUAUAGCAAACGCUUCUCCAAACGUGGUCUACUUUUGCAACAAUGCCGCUCCAGCGAUGUUUUCGAAUCUUCAAAUCGAAAAUCUUCACGAAAUCACACCUUCCGAGCUGAACAAUAAGCCAUCAGAUUUACAUCGACCGACUUUCUGGCCAUGGUUUUUCGUUUCGGCAUUCGAUGAAGACGUUGAUGAAAUCGUCGAUCAAAUCAUGGAGGACAUUGCUGAGCAACGCCCAGUUGUUACCGAGCCAGAGAAGGAACCGAAUGCAUACCAGAAAAAGUUGGGUUGUAAAUACAGAAAGUCCUGCUAUGAUACUGGGGUGGUACCCGACAUUGAGACCGUAUUCACCCGGUUUGUAAAACGAUGGUGGCCCCAUUGGCUUGAGACGGAAGAUGCUGAAAAGCAGGAGGACGAAACGGAAGAGGACACCGGGAAGCCGUACGACUCCGAAGAAGAUCUGCUACCUCAGAAAGUACGCUGCAAGUACCGUAUCUCUUGCUACCAAGAACAUGGCAUUCCAUUCGACGAGAAGGCAGAGGAACGACGAAAAGUUUUACUAUCGAGUAAACGAGUAGUUCAAAGCAAAGGACAGAAGAAAACUCUGAAGGAGAUUGCCGCCCACACAUUGAAGAAGGUCCAAGAGGCCGAAGAAAAGGCUGCAAAGCGUCCUGUUGUGAAGGUCGUCGAGAAACGAUUGAAUGCCAUUGAAGAAAAGCUCAGCGAGAAGCUUAACUGUAAGUAUCGUAAGAGUUGCUAUGAAACCGGUCAGAAACCCGUCAUCGCCGAUGGCUGGUCAUUACCGCUACCAAUCAAAAUUUUCUCAACAGAAUCUGCAGAGGCUGCAACUAAAGAAAUCAACUACGAUGAACUGGAAGAGCUCGAGAAAAAAGUCUACUGUAAAUAUCGAAAGAGCUGCUAUGAGACCGGUAUCAGACCCGAUUUUGAGCCGGAGAUCUUCGUGGGUACUUUCCGCGACCUAUUCACCAUACAUGAGCAGGUUGAGCCACGAAAGAUGACAAUGCAGGAGAAGUGCAAGUACCGUAAGUCCUGCUAUGAAACCGGUAUUGUACCCGAGAUCAAUCCAAAACUUGAAGAAGCAAUCCACAAGGAAGUGAGCCCCGUUAUACCGACGAAUGCACAAGAUCUGCGUCUACUCUGCAAGUACAGAAAGUCAUGCUACGCUGAAAUUCACGACUCGGCCACCGUGGAUACGAUCAAGUUUAUUAGGAAAAGGCGUCAAAUUGAAAAGGAAGUGCGACGACGACGAGCUAAACGAGCGAAGCUUCACCGACGCUUCCGGGGUGAGCUACAGCUUGACAGCUAUCGACGGCACCAUCGGCGCGAUAAAACUAUGGAAGAAGAGCAACCUGAGCAGAAAGAACAACAACCGGAAGAGCCGGAGGAGGUUGAAGAUUUCGUGGAUGUGAAGAUUAUACCACCGAAAAGGGGACGGAAAGAAAAGGUCAAGGAGAAACGGGAGGAAGUAGUGGAAGAGGUUCCCGUGAAGGCAACCAAAUUCAGAAAAACAAAGCAGCCACAGAAAAUCGAAUCUGAGGAAGAUGAAGCCAUUGAAGAACCAGUACCAAUUCCAUGCAAGUACAGAAAGUCAUGUUAUGCAGAAACGGGUUUGUCUCCGGAAAAGGAGGACCUAAAAGAUUCUGAUGAGAAGCGCGAGCCUGCAAAAGUCGCUGGACAGCAGGCCAAGCAAGUACCCGUCUCUAAGGAUAGCCGUGAAGACAAAGAAGGUGCCAGAAGGUCAAUCAGAACCGCGCAAACUGGCACUGGUCCAGCAGCUCGUACAACCGACAAAGAAACGCAGGAUGUUGAGUCAGAGCCGCAAACGAUGAACGAGGAUCACGCCGGCAGUAUGGCUCGGAUAGGACUGGAGCGUUAUAGGAAAGAUGGAUGGUGUAAUAAAUACUAUUACUCAUGUCGUGCGAUACUUGGCUUACCGCCAAAGGAACGAGCUCCUAUCGGACCUAAUGGCAAACGUCUGUGCCGCAAAAAACCGCUGUGA